AUUUGUUUGGUUCUCUAUAGUAUCACUUGUGUAUUUUUCAACCAUGAGGUUGAAGAUAGUUAUGAAUGAAGAAGCAAUUCAUAUCCUUUUAUUGAGGUCAAAUAAAUUUUUCGUCAGAAGAUUGAUAUGUUUCCUUAACACACCGUACAUAGAGACUUAGCCAGUUCGGUUGACUGGGUGUCAAGUGAUGAAAUUAUUUCCAUCGCUGAUGAUCAAGCAGUAAAGUGUUGGAAUCUCACCUCACAGCAAAUAGUAGAGAGUUUCAAGCUACCUGAAAACGUAUAUCCAACAGAUAUGGAUUGGCUUUCAAGACAAAGAAUGAAAAACACGAAUAAAACAUCUUCAGGUUAUGAGAUUUUUCUACUUGGAGCAACUGACGGCAAAUUUUACAUUAUCUCCAAAAGGGGAAGAAUAGAACGGUCAUCUGACGCUCAUCAGGGGGCUGUUUUAUCAGUGAAAUGGAAUUCUGACGGAACUUCUUUCGCUACCUCCGGAGAAGAUGGACAAAUAAAAAUUUGGUCUGGAAGUGGAAUGCUAAGAUCCACCCUAUGUCAAAAUGCUUAUCCCAUCUAUUCACUCGCAUGGGGCAUUAAUUCUAGUGCGAUUUUAUUUUCCCUUGACAAGCAGUUGGUCAUACAGUCUCUUCAAGCGAAUUCUAAGCCUCUUGUUUGGAAAGGUCAUGAUGGUGUGAUUUUGAAAGUUGAUUGGAAUACUAUCAGUGACAUUUUAAUUUCUGGCUCUGAGGACUGCAAAUACAAGGUGUGGGAUGGUUAUGGAAGGCUCUUGUACUCAAGUUCCCUCUUGGAAUAUCCAGUUACUUCACUUUCUUGGUCACCAGAUGGUCAACUGUUCGCAGUUGGUUCAUAUGCUACCAUUGUGUUAUGUGACAAACUUGGAUGGAUUCAUUCUAUAGAAAAGACACAAACUGGAAGUAUACUCAGUAUAAAAUGGUCUAUUGAUGGUACUCAAAUAGCCUGUGCUGGUGGGAAUGGUCGGAUAAUUAGUGGACAAAUUAUCGAUAGAAGGAUUGAAUGGAAUGGCUUCGAAGCAUGUGUUACCGACGAAAAAACUGUUAUAGUACAUAAUUUACGUAAUGAAUCAGUAGAACGACUGGAAUUUCGUGAACGUGUAUCUAAAAUAUCCUUUGGUUUCAAUUAUUUCAUUGUAGUCACAGUUACACAAUGUUAUGUUUACAAUACAAAGAAUUUUAAUACACCUGGAAUUGUAGAUCUCAAAGAGUACAAUGUAACCUAUGUUGCUCAAUGUCAAAAAUAUUUUGCAUUGGCUGAUGGAACAAAUAUCUAUGUUUAUAAUUAUGAUGUACGUCUUGUUUGUUCACCAAAACAUGCUAAUAUGUAUACAGAACAAAUAUAUGGAGAUACUUUAACAAUCAGUAAUGAUGCUAUUGCAGUUCGUGAUAAAUUAGAUGAAAAAGCCAUUUAUUUAUUCGAUACGUCGAGUGGAAAAACAUUGGGCGAUGGAAAACCAAUUAUACACUCGAAUGAAAUUAUGAAAAUCAGUUUGAAUCAGUUGGGUAAUUCAUUUGAUCGGCGUCUAGCUGUAUUAGAUAAAAAUAAAGAUCUUUAUUUAUUAUCUAUUAGAACACUUGGUAAUCAAAGAAAAAUUAUUAAAUUAGGAACAAUGGUUACCUCUUUCAUAUGGGCAGAAACAUCGAAUGUCUUGGCGGCAAUAAUAAAUGAUAAACUUGUUAUCUGGUUUUAUCCUGAUAUUGCUUCAACAGACAGUGAUAUAUUUACUUUAACGCAAGAAGAACAUAAUUUUGGUGAUGAGUAUGGGAAACAAGCAGAAUUGAUUAACUUUUACCGUGAUCGCGUUAUGAUUAAGCGUGGUGAUGGAAGUAUCAUUUACUGUCCAGUAUCUAUCUAUCCUGAUAAAUUGCAUCAAUUAAUUGGACAGAAUAAAUGGAACGAAGCACUAAGUUUAUGUUGGACAGUAAAGGAAAAAAUGCUUUGGGCAUGUCUGGCUGGAUUGGCAAUAAAUGCCAAGUCUUUGGAUAUUGCUGAGAUAGCAUUUGCUCAGAUUGAAGAAGUUGAUAAAGUGGAAUAUAUAAGAUACAUUAAAAGUCUUCCAACACCUGAGAUGAAAAAUGCUGAAAUGUUACUUUUAUCAGGUGAAUAUCAAGAAGCUGAAGGAGUUCUCUUACAGCAUCAUUUAUAUUUUCGAGCUAUUAUGCUUAAUUUGCAUGCAUUUAAAUGGAACAGAGCACUUGAAUUAGCUAUCAAAUAUGAUUUAGCUAUGGAUAUUGUUUUUUCUAUGCGACAUGAUUAUCUACAACAACUUAAUCGUUCUGAAGAAUUGAAUUUAUUCACUACACAAACGAAACAAGUCAUCUUAGAUACAAUGAAAUUGAAAGAAAGAAUUGAAGAGGAAUAUUCAAGGGAGAAAAAACAAAUAGAAGAAUUAUCAACUGUACAAUCAUUGAAUUAAUCGAGAGCAUGAAUGUUUAUCAAAAAUAAAUUUUUAUUAUUGUUCAUU